CAAAGGUGGUCUUCCCUCUUCCCUCAUGCGGUUGGUGCCAUGGACACUUUGGCCAGUCGGAGUUGUCGGGCUGGAAAGCCUCCUGGCUUGGGCGAGCGCUUCCAACGGCGCCAUCCAGGAGUGGCACGAAAGCCUGGCCGACGAGACAGCAGCCCUACAAGACGUCUCGUCCGAUGUCUGUUGGCACGCGGGCUUUACCAAAGAACGCUGUUGUCGUGGUGACCCAACGACCUCACCCGAUUGCUGGGACGGAAGCUAUAGCUUUGGGGAGUGCUGUCCCAAUGCAGAUUGCUGGAUUGGGAGCUUCACCUACGAGUUCUGCUGUGGGGAGAAGCAUGGCCUUGGCGGCAACAAGGCGUGUUGGAGUGGAGGCUUUACCCACCAGCUGUGCUGCUUGGCGAACGCCACGUCCAAUAGCUGGGCGGAUAUUUUAUCCUCGGAAAUCGAGACGGAACAGUUUUACCAGAUGGAUGACUUCUACACAGAUGCGCAGUAUGGCGACGAGUGGGGCUACUACUCCAAGGGGCAUGUGUUGCUUGGAGGUGGGAAAGGUCAAGAUGGCACUGAGCAAACUCAGCAGUUUGCGCAUUUCACCACUUAUCCCAUGGCUUUGUCUCCCCAUUUUGCCCGUGUCUUUUGCCGUUUGCUUUUCAUUAUGUGGGUCCAGUUGGACGAGCGCGCGCCGUUCCGUGUGGUGGAGAUGGGUGCAGGCUCUGGGCAGCUGGCCUAUGACACCCAGCAGUGUGUUCGCAGCAAUGCGUUGGGCUUGGCACCAGCUUUGUGGCGACGAUGGGCUGCAGCCUUUGAGUAUACCAUCAUGGAGAGGUCGCCUGCGCUGCGAAAGCGCCAGCAAUCCAGAGGGCUGCGGUCCGUGGCAGGAGAUGCGCAAACCACCGGUAGCUGCAAGUCGGUGCUGGCUGCGCUUGCGGCAUCCCCUGCAUGCCAAGGAGCCGAUGGCGAUGCUCCCGAAUGUGAAGCCCAAGAACGGGGCACCGCCGAAGCGGGCGCCUCCGUCGUGCUUUCCAACGAACUGCUGGAUGCUUUUGCCCCCGUGAAGCUCCGGUUUUCCUUGUACGGGAAGCCCAACAUCACAGACUGCCGAUCCUGGCAGGAGGUUCGCUUGGUCCAUACCAUCACGGAGGACAAGCUGCGGAGCCUUCUGCACAUCCUAGGCUACUCCGAGGAGAUGACGGAGGGCACCAUCUCACAAGUGCGAGGCUACACGGAUGCCACCUUUUGUGCAAUGGCGAAUACCACCAUUGGGCUGGAGGUUCAGCAACAGGUUUCCUCCAACACGUCCUGCCUGGCAAUUACCUUCAGCCUGAGUGAGUUGGUGAAUCACCUGGACCUCGGCGUUCCCUUUGCGUCGCACAACAUGCGCAUGCGAAUCCGGAAAGACACCAAGCUCUCUGACCGACUGCGCAUGAUUACCGAGAGACUCAAUGGUGAGUUGCAGACUUCUGUGGCAUUGCCUCGUGAUGUUUAUCGCCAGGUGCGCCACCAGCUACGCGAUUGGCCGGACCUCGAGGCGGACUUUCUGCAUACCAUCCAGACACACCUCUUUCCCGUGUCCAUCUCACAGGAACGAUGCGAUGAUUUGGAAUGGUGGUUCAAAGCUCAUGAAGCAAGAAUUGCCAAACUGGCCCUUUUCUAUCGUCAGCUCGGAUAUCCAGCUCUGCAUCUGGUCGUCCGCCCUGGUGAGGACAACUUCAUUGACCUUGUGGAUUGUUUGCUUGGUCCAACUGGUGGCUUCAAGUUAAGCUUGGACUACGGGGCCAAUUUCGAGGGACUGGCGCACAGCCUGAGUGUAGACGGCACAAAUGAUGGCAUUUUUGUGCCCCCUAUACCACAUGAGUUGAUGGAAGGCCUACCUGAUUGCCACAACUUUUGGCCGAAGUGUGCCGGGCGUAUUGAUUGGACGACCUUCGUGGACUUCACGAACCUGGCUGCUGCAGGUGAGCGCCGGGGCUGGCGCACGGUGUUCUAUGGGCCACAGAACUUGCUUGAGCAAUUUAGCAGGCUCAAUCUGACCCGCAAUGGGCGAUUGUAUUCUGUGCCCGGCUACCCCGUGCUGCAAGAUGCCUGGAUUUCCAGGCAUGUGAAAGGCUGGUAUGGUCGGGAAAGCGAUAUGGAUGGCACAGGCGUGCAGAGGUGGACAUCUUUUAAGGCUUUGCUCCUUGAGAAGCCCUCUGCCAAAGAAGUCUUGUCGCCGAUCCUCUUCCCGUCUUGGCAUUUGGACACCCGGCACACCGAUCCAUGCUGGAGCUUCGAUCCCUCCACGGUGCCUCUGGCCGAUUGGAUUCCACGACAGGGCAACGAUUCCCACGACGCUCUCACCAAGCUCACGGACGAGAUCAACCAAGAUCUCGGACGACAGUAUGCCGAGGGCUAUGAAGAGGCUCAGCUGGCCGUGCGCUUGGUGGACUUCAUGGUGGCCAAGUCCGGUUGCGAGGCGGUGCAUCCUGUAAGCGCUGCAGCCAUCCUGGAACGACCAGUGCAAUGGGAAGCCCUCAGUGUCCAACAGUGUCCACUGAUGAGCUUGUCACGCAACCGCUAGGAAGACGCUUGCUCAACAAAUGGGGCGAGAUGUGGGGCGAGGAGACCGUGACGCGGGUGGCUCGUGGAAUCCUAGAGCGCCUCGCCGGAGCCGGCGACGAAGCGACCUGGCCCUUCGCAUGUGCGGGUCAGCAAGCAGCAGCACUGCUCUGUGAGAUGCCAGGUGGUGCGAGUAAAGCUGGGAGCAGAUGACGUGACCGCGGGAACACGCGGGAAAACGACCCAAAAGGGGGAACGCGGGGG